UCAGUGUCAUUCGUGAGUAGCACUCAAUACGUGAAACUUCUUGUCCAGACCCCGGCAUUUAUACCUUAAAACAUGAAGCUCUUGGUUGCACUUGCCCUGUUCGGCAUGGUGGUCCUGGCCGCGGCCUCCCCCAUGACUGUCAGCAACGUCCAGGAAAAUUUCAGUCACGUCCAAGAGGUCGAUGAUGACGGUGAUGAAAUCACUGGAACCUACAGAUGGAGGGACAACGAAGGCAACGAGUUCUUCGUGACGUACGUCGCUGACGAUGAUGGCUUCCGAGUGCUGGAGUCCAACGCAGUGCCCGCCACCUCGGGCGGCGUUAGGGCCGACGGCAACCAGGGAUCGUUUAAGUCAGUCGAAGAUGAUGACGACCUCUUCGACGACCGCAAGUAGGCGACCGCCUCCAUCGCUGCCAUUGCUGCACUCAUUCUUCUAUCUUAAUUCAACUUCAGCUCGAUUUUUUUCUUGAAGCACGGCAACUUUCCCUCCGAUCACCCUCCUUUCCUUCCGUGCUUCCUCCUAGCGAAAAAUGCAAUUGAAAUCGAAUUACAACUCGAAAUUUUUUCUCUUAUAGCCAGUUAUUUUCAUUUUUUAAAGUCUUCAGAAAAACUGAGCUGUUUCAACUUUGAAUGCUUUGUGCUGUAGACAGUUUGUAGAGACAGAGCAGCAGAAAGAGACACGUAUUAUUUAAGCGACGUACGACUUGAAAAGCUCAAGAAUGCACGUCGAUUGAAGUAGUGCAUCGUAAGGUGUAACUGUGAUAGAUGUUUCGUCAGUCUCGCAGGUGCAACAUAAGUCAGGACUGGUAGAUGUCACCGUUUUAUUCCUGCAUAGGAAACAUGUAUAAUUACCUACAUUAUGAAAAUAGAAGCCUCUUGUUCUCCAGCGCUUUAGGGUUCGUGGCGUUAUUCAAAGAGGCUUUCUAUUUUCCAAAUCUUGAUGUAUAUAUGUCAGUGAUCGGAACAAAAACGAGCUAUACAAACGAGACCAUCGAUUUAGAUAGAAGUUAACGAUAGGUUCCUAUCACUGAAACUAGAAUUCAUGCGUGUAGGCUAUUGACUAUGUUUUUUAGUGCGCGGGGUUCAAUUAUCGCUCUGAGAAACGAAGGUCGUUAACUUAGAACUGAAAUAUGUUUCUUUUUUAGAUCUAAAGAGACUCCCUUGCUCGGAAAUGACUCUCCGUGGCGAUAGAAACGUUCGCUUUUGAUCAUAUUUAGAGCGAUUCUCAGUGCGUAGGAUACGCCUCGCGCAUGCGUGACUGUGAAUUUUGUGGGCUUCUCCAUGAAAGGAUUGUAUUCUUCUCAGUUUGGGUGUCUGCAUGCUUCUUUGUGUGCGUACGUUCCUCUCUUCUUAAGUUAUACAUGAAUAUUAAACGGAAACAUCUGCUUGAGCUGGCUUAUGGUAGAACUGCCCCGC